ACAAGCUCACACACUCGCACCUUCCAUUACACACACAUACUGUGGAUUAGCUCUGCUUCAGAUUCUGUUCGUCAGGGUUGUGAUGGCAGACACGGCUGUUCAGAUGACUGGAGAUCUAAACAACAAUGUGUCCAGAGCACCGGUGUCCACCAGAAUGUCCUUCCUAUCGCCCAGACGGGGAGCGACCAUGAGCUUCCACAACAUCAACUACAGCGUGAAGAUGAAGAGCGGCUUUAUGUUCAAGAGGAAGGUCACGCAGAAGAACAUCCUCAUCGAGCUCAAUGGUAUCAUGAAGCCAGGACUGAAUGCCAUAUUAGGACCCACCGGGAGCGGGAAAUCAUCGUUUCUGGACGUUCUGGCCGCUCGUAAGGAUCCUGCUGGUCUUUCUGGAGAGGUUCUUAUAGACGGAGCUCCACAGCCUCCAAACUUCAAAUGUCUGUCUGGAUACGUAGUGCAGGAUGACGUGGUAAUGGGAACACUGACCGUUCGUGAGAAUUUGCGUUUCUCAGCAGCUUUAAGGCUCCCGAAGUCAAUCCGUCAGCGAGAAAAAGAUGAGAAGAUUGAGAGACUCAUUCAGGAGCUGGGAUUGACCAAAGUGGCCGAUUCACGGGUGGGCACGCAGCUGAUUCGUGGUGUUUCAGGUGGAGAGAGGAAGAGGACAAGCAUCGGCAUGGAGCUGAUCUUUGAUCCACCAGUGCUUUUCCUGGAUGAGCCGACCACCGGCCUGGACGCCAGUACAGCCAACUCUGUCCUCAUGCUGCUCAAGAGAAUGGCGAACAGCAGUCGCACCAUCAUCCUUUCCAUCCAUCAGCCGCGGUACUCCAUCUACCGGCUGUUCGACAGCCUCACACUGCUAUUGGGAGGAAGACUGGUGUAUCACGGCCCGGCUCAAGAAGCCCUGGACUACUUCAGUCAGAUCGGAUACAUCUGUGAACCUCAUAACAAUCCUGCUGAUUUCUUCCUGGAUGUCAUCAAUGGAGAAUCCACCGCCGUCGCUCUCAACAAGUUAUACGACGAUGAGGAACUAGAUCAGGAGCAGCUGAGAUCAUCUCUGAAGGGCAUCGAGGACCGUUUGGUGGAAGAAUACAAGAACAGCGCCAGCAACAAACAGACCAAAAGCGAGCUGGAGCAAAUUGUUCAGGGACAGGACUACAGCAAACAACUCAAAUCCAGAACCAUCACCUACAGAACAUCCUUCUGCCACCAGUUCAACUGGGUUCUCAAAAGAACCUUCAAGGACCUCAUGCUGAACCCACAGACCUCAUUAGUUCAGAUCGGAGUGAUGAUUUUCAUGGCUCUGGUUGUUGGAGCCAUAUUUUUUGGAGUGAAGGAUAAUAUGAACGGCAUUCAGAACAGGAUGGGUGCACUCUUCUUCAUAACCUCAAAUCAGUGCUUCACUUCUAUGUCCUCAGCUGAACUGUUUAUCACAGAGAGGAAACUGUUUGUGCACGAGUACAUCAGCGGAUACUACAGAGUCUCGGUGUACUUCUUGUCUAAGGUCCUGUCUGACAUCCUGACUCUGCGCACCAUCCCGUCCAUCAUCUUCAGCUGUGUCGUGUACUGGAUGAUUGGUCUGAAGGCAACGGCCGAGGCGUUCUUCAUCUUCCUGUUCUCUAUCAUUCUGGUGUCUUACACAGCCACCUCCAUGACUCUAGCCAUCUCCGCUGAUCAGACGGUGGUGGGCAUCGCUACCACCGUCAUUAACAUGAUAUUUGUGUUCAUGAUGAUCUUCUCGGGGCUGCUGGUGAAUCUCCCCAGUGUUGCUGACUGGUUGAACUGGUUGAAGUAUCUCAGUAUUCCUCGCUAUGGUCUUGUUGCUGUGGAAAUCAAUGAGUUUAUUGGCCUCAGCCUGUGUGAUAUGAGGAACACAAGUGGCCUAGAAAUACAAGUCUGCACGACAGGUGAGGACUUUCUGAGUGAACAGGGCAUCGAUUACUCAACCUGGGGUUUGUGGCAGAAUCAUUUGGCUUUGGGAAUCAUGACCCUCAUCUUCUUCAUCAUCGCUUACCUCAAACUGCGCUUAAUCAAGAAAUUCACCUAAACACAGGCUCACACUCUUCCAAAUCUCAAAGUAAAUGUCUUAUCAAACAACAAAUACAGAGUUCUGGCAUGAAACUCUAGAUGGCGCAGUCCAAUAGGUCUAACUCAAUCUGACCUGAUGACAUCAUUAUCACAUGGCACAGCUGAUUGGUUCUCUCCUUUAUCGGUAGCCAAUGAACUCACUGCUCAACAUUCAAUAAAUGGCUAGUGCUUGCCGUAGCAAUUGCAGCUUCAGAAACCCUCCACCUUCCCCAGCUCCACCUGUAUAGAU